AAAUUCUUGAUAAUUUACAAAUAAGCAGUCUCGAUUGUGAUCAGUUUUUAGAUUUACCUCCUACUUAUGUGAAGAAUGAUAUGCCUGUUGACAUGUGUGAUGUACCCAGAAAAGAUGAUUUAUAUGCUUGGAAACAUUUAAGUCACAUUAAUGUAUCAAAUAUUUGUGAAUUUCCUAAUUUUAUUCCAAAAGUUAGUCUAAUGGUAGGUGUGAACAUGCCUGCUGCUACAACGCCAUUAGAAGUGUGCACUGGUAACAUUGGUGAGCCUUAUGGGAUUAAAUCACCAUUAGGAUGGUUGUUAUAUGGUUUACCGGGUAAACUACAAAAUUCUUCUGCUUCAAUUAGUAUUAAUUUAUGCCGGAUUGAUGAUAGUCUCGAGCAACAAGUAAAGAAAUAUUUUAAUUUAGAAUUUAGUGAAAAGCUUUGUGAAGACAAGCACUCAUUGUCUAUUGAAGACAAACAGUUUUUGAGCAUUUUAACUAACUCUAUUGAAUUAAAAGACAGUCAUUAUCAGACUGAAUUACCGUUUCGUGACAGAUCAGUUAUUAUGCCUAAUAACAAACUUCAGGCUGAAGCAUUUGCCUACAGACUUAAAAAUAAACUCGUGAAAGACCAUUCUUUAAAUAAACAGUAUUGCAAAUUCAUGAACAAUUUAGAAUCCAAGAAAUACUCUGAAAUUGUCCCACCAAGUGAAAUUGAUAGGAGUGAUGGCCGUGUGUGGUAUGUACCGUAUCAUCACGUGAUACACCUUAAAAAGCCAGAUAAAGUGCGUGUAGUCUUUAAUUGCCCGCUUAUCUUUCAACAGACCUCACUAAAUGAGCAACUUUUACAAGGGCCAGAUUUGACUAACUUAUUGCUAGGUGUAUUAUUGCGAUGGAGACAAGAUUAUAUCGCGGUUAUGGCUGAUGUAGAACAAAUGUUCUAUCAGGUCAGAGUUGUGAAGAGAGACUGUGACAUGCUUCGCUAUUUAUGGUGGCCCAACGGUGACAUUAAUGGACAUCUUACUGAAUAUAGAAUGCGAGUGCAUAUUUUUGGUGCAGUUAGCUCACCUAGCUGUGCAAACUUUGCUCUGAAGCAAACGGCUUUGGAUAAUACCAACGAUUAUUCCCAUGAAAUAAUCAAUGCUGUAAAUUAUGAUUUUUACGUAGACGAUUUCUUAAAGUCUAUGACUACAGAAACGGAAUGUGUAAAACUGAUUCGUGAAAUAUGUGAUCUCUUAUCCAAAGGUGGAUUUCGCCUUACCAAGUGGGUGAGCAAUAGCAGAAAUGUAUUGUCUACUAUUCCCGAAAAUGAUUUAGCUGAACAAGUGAUGGAUCUUGACAUUUCUUCAGAUUCUUUACCCGUGCAACGAGCCUUAGGUGUCCAGUGGAACAUUGAAUUAGAUUUAAUUGAGUUUAACAUUGGUGAAGUUAACAGAACCGCAACGCGACGUAAUAUACUAUCCGUGUUCAGUUCCAUUUAUGAUCCCUUCGGAUUAGCAUCUCCGUUUGUGCUAAAAUGUAAAAUAAUCCUCCAGCAUUUAUGUCGAGAUAAGUUAUCGUGGGAUGAAAUGAUCCCAGUUGAUCGACAAAGAGAAUGGAAUAACUGGCUUACUGAUCUUGCGAAUUUACAUAAUUUGUCAAUUCAGAGAUGUGUGAAACCCCAGAACUUUGGAAAGAUUGUGAACACUCAAAUACAUCAUUUCAGUGAUGCAUCGCAAGAGGGUUAUGGUUCAGUUACUUAUUUAAGAUUUCAAAGUGAUAAAAAUGAGAUACACAUUUCAUUUUUACUUGGGCGUUCUCGUGUAGCACCCAUAAAGCCCCACACCAUAGUUAAAUUAGAGCUCGCAGCAGCUACAUCGAUUGUGAGAAUUCAUAACAUGUUAUCACGUGAAUUGUCGAUUCCUAUUAAUCAAGUGUAUUUUUGGUCCGACAGCCAAACAGUUUUAAAGUACAUACAUGAUGUAAAAGCAUGUCACCAAGUUUUUGUCGCAAACAGACUUGCAGUAAUUCAUGACGGUUCUAACGUGAAUCAGUGGCGUUUUGUGCCUGGAAAGCUAAAUCCAGCUGACCUAGCAUCUCGUGGAUCGUGUGUGGAGAAUAUCGCAAAUAACUCCAUGUGGUUAUGUGGACCAGAAUUUCUGAAAUUAUCAAUUAAUGAUUGGCCGGAGAACAUAGUUCCAUUGAAUAAUGAUGAAGAUAUACAAGUACCUACUAAUUUUGUGAGAACCAAUGAUUCUGUGAAUGCAGUAAAUACAUUGAUAGAUAAGUACUCUGAUUUUUAUCGAUUAAAGCGUGCGAUAUCAUGGUGGUUAAGAUUAAAGCAAAUUUUAAAGUAUAAAGCUCAAAAAUGUUUAAUUCCUGAUAGUUUGUGUACUAAGUUAUUAUCUGUUGAGGAAAUUAAUAGUGCUGAAGUGGAAAUCAUUAAGUUUGUUCAAAAUCAAGUAUAUUCUGAUGAAAUAAAGUGUCUUAGUGAAAACGGUGAAAAUCCUAAUAAUGUGAAAAACGUCAAAAACAAAAGUGAAAUUUCAAGUUUGGAUCCAUUUCUUAAAGAUGGAAUCUUGCGUGUUGGUGGAAGAUUGCGCAAUGCAAACGUGCCUUUUAAUUUUAAGCAUCAAAUUAUACUGCCUAAAAGUUGUCAUGUUUCAAAUCUCAUUGCUAAAUAUUGUCAUGUUAAUGUAGCCCAUAUGGGUAGAAAUCAUACUAUUAGUAAUAUUAGAAAAAAAUAUUGGAUAGUUAAAUGUGGUGUAUUAGUUAAGUCUAUUUUAAGUAAAUGUGUGAUUUGUAGAAAAUAUCAGUCUAGAGUUAGUGAACAGAAAAUGAGUGACAUUCCAUAUUUUCGACUUAAACCUGAUUUACCUGCUUUUAGUAAAGUAGGAAUUGAUUAUUUUGGUCCUUUUGAAAUCAAAACAGGACGUUCUAUCCGUAAGCGAUACGGUGUUGUAUUUACAUGUAUGAUAUCUUGUGCCACGCAUAUAGAAGUUUCUAAUUCCUUAGACACUAGUUCGUGUGUGAAUGCCCUAAGACGUUUUAUUGCCCGUAGAGGUACGCCCAGUGAUAUAUAUUCAGAUAAUGGAACAAACUUAAUUGGUGCUCAGAAAGAACUGAAACAAUCAUUAUAUGAUCUGAAUCAAACACAGAUUGAGAACUUUUCAACUCAAGGUGGAUUUAAGUGGCAUUUCAACCCCCCUACAGCAUCCCAUUUUGGCGGAUUGUGGGAGAGGCAGAUAAGGACUAUAAGAAAAAUCCUAUAUGGGAUUCUGUGUGAACAAUUUUUGCGAACAGCACAAAGUGAUGAAGAACUAAUCACUUUCCUUUGUGAAGUAGAGGCUGUAAUAAACAGUAGACCUCUGACUUGUGUAUCCAGUGAUUCCAAUGACUUGGAAGUGAUAACUCCUAAUUCACUUCUUAUGUGUCACCAAAAUGUGUUAUUUCCCCCUGGAUUAUUCAAUGAACGUGAUGUAUAUUCAAAGAGACGGUGGCGUCAAAUCCAGUAUUUGACUGAUCUCUUUUGGAAACGUUGGACUGAUGAAUAUUUGCAUUCAUUACAACGUCGUGAAAAGUGGCUCAAUCCUUCUAGAAAUAUAAAAGUUGGUGACAUUGCUCUUAUAGUCGAUUCAAGUGCGCCCCGUGGGUCGUGGCCCAUGGGUGUCGUUGAAGAAGUGUAUCCAGACAAGCAUGGUCUUGUACGUAGUGUAAAAUUAAGGACAAAAACAAGUAUUUUGACUCGUCCUAUAGCUAAAUUAUGUUUAAUCUUAGAAAAUGACAGUUAAAUUUUUCAGAAUUUAUUUAGUUUUGAUAUUUACAUUGCUUAUGUGUAUUGAAAUGAUAUUAGAUUUAUUGUUUGUGUUACCAUAAGUAAAUUUUGUGAACUAUGUAACUAUAGAACUAAAAUAGUUAAAUACUAUAAGUACAUGUAUGCUUAAAUGUGAAUCUGUGAAAUAAGGUUUCAAUUGUCAAAUGUGAAUUUAUCUUAAUUUUUCUAUUGCAUCAUUGUAAUAAGGUGUGAAUGUUUGUAUGGAUAUGAUGAGGUAUGAAAGCUAUUUAAGUAUUAUAAGACACUGAUUAUUUGUGUAACAGUCUAUUGAAUUCUGAAGUUAAGAAUAUUGUAUAUUUAGUUUGGAUUUUUGAACAUAUUGCGUUAUUAUCUCAUUUACAUUUCGAUAGGGGCCGGUGUGUAAUGUUCAAAACGGUCCACCAUAGUUUUUCUGGAUAAAAGAGUCUUCUUUAGUAGUAUUGAAGUAUUUAUGCAACUGGUGUGAUUGUGUCUACUUUAAAUUAUUAUGGUAUAGAAAAAGCGUGCUUAGAAACACAGUGAAAAUGGCGUGAAUGUGAAUGUCAAUACGUGUGAGGCCGUCUUCUCAAACGGCGGUCGUGAUAUCGGUUUUUUACCGAGACACUGUAUGUAAUUUAGUGUAAUGUGUUAGUGAACUUUUUAUCUACCUAUUGUGAACAGUGAACGUUGUUUAUUCUUGUGAACUAUGUGAAAUUCGACUCAAUUGCCGAGUCAGCUGUGAAGUGAUAUCAUGAACUGAGAACUGUCAAAACAGAAUAUGUGAAAACUCUGUUGUUUUGUUCAAGUUAUUUUAAGGCUGCAAUUAAGUAUUAUCAUACUGACCUUUGACCCCUGAAGUGACCCGCUAACUAUAUACAGUGUCUGGCGUACGAACGGUAUCGUCAUAAACGCCGUGAAAGAA